AUAACACUCCCCGUCUGACUUUUUAAACCAUCAUCGCCGGAAAAUGACAGAUCGAUACUUUGAGAAUUUCAUGUCAGAUUUUGUAGAGGAGAAGGCAACGGUAACAGGAAUUGAAGCACAAGAAGAAAAGGAAGAAGAUUCUUUGUUGAAGCUUCUUUCUACGCCAUACCCCACUCUCUCCGAGAAACUCAAACGAGCUGCCUUGGAUCUCAAAGAAACUAUAGUGGUGGAGACAUGGGGAAUUACAGGGCAAAAAGUUCAAGACUUUUCCCUAUAUCGAGGCACUCUUGGAACUGCUUUCUUGCUGUUGAAAUCCUAUCAAAUUACUGGCAACAAAAACGAUCUUGAUCUCUGUUCUGAAAUCAUAAAAGCUUGUGACUCUGCUUCUUCCAGUUCCAGGGUUGUGACUUUUUUAGUGGGGCGUGCCGGAGUUUGCGCUCUUGGUGCUGUUGUGGCAAAGCGCCAAGGCAAUAAGCAGAUGGUUGAUUACUAUUUGACCCAAUUUAAAGAGAUCGAGGUAAGUGAAGAUUGUCCAGAUGAAAUUAUUCGUGGGAGAGCUGGAUACUUAUGGGCAUGUCUCUUUCUUAACAAGAAUUUAGGCGAUGGAAUAAUUCCGUCUACCCAUUCCAGUGCAGUUGUGGAUAAGAUCGUCGAAAAUGGGAGAAAAUUGGGUGCCACUGCAAGAUGCCCUUUGAUGUUUGAGUAUAAUGGUGAGAGGUAUUGGGGUGCUGCCCAUGGGUUAGCUGGGAUUUUGUAUGUCCUCAUGAAUUUUGAACUUGCGCCUGAUGUGCUUGCGGAUGUGAAGGAAACACUCAAGUACAUGAUCAACAAUCGUUUUCCUAGUGGAAACUACCCACGGGAAGAAGAUAAGAGAAACGAUGAUCUUGUGUAUUGGUGUCACGGUGCACCUGGAGUGGCCCUCACACUAGUCAAAGCAGCUGAGGUGUUUGAGGAUAAAGAAUUUCUAGAAGCRGMAGAGGAUGCAGCUGAAGUUGUGUGGAAGCGUGGCUUAYUGAAGAAGGUUGGUAUCUGUCAUGGUAUCAGCGGGAAUGCGUACGUCUUCCUCUCACUUUAUCGAAUGACGGGUAACGUUGAGUUCUUACACAAGGCCAAGGCGUUUGCUUGUUUUUUACUUGAUCGGGGCCACAAGCUCAUAUCCGAAGGCCAGAUGCAUGGAGGUGACACUCCCUACUCUUUGUUUGAAGGAAUUGGAGGUAUGGUGCAUCUCUUUUUCGAUAUGACGGAUCCUGCUAAUGCUAGAUUCCCUGCUCAUGAACUUUGAAAAUGUUUCUAUCUAUCCGUGAGGACGGAAUGGUAAAACUUUUACGAGCUUCUGUUGUAAACUUGUGUCUAACGAUAAUAAUGAGUUCAUUGCUUUUAUUUGGUGUCCAUAUAAUGGAAAAUUGCAUGAAAAAUACAACGUACUUUAGUCUUAUUCCU